CCUGCUAAUCAGUAACAUCCAAAAAACACCCUCACAACAAAAAAGGCAGACACGCAAACACACACAUGCAAACUGAGCAAGGUGUACAGGGCAAGAAUUACUGUCAUAAAGUUUCCAAUAGCAAACUAACUCAGUUUCUUCAUAGAGAUUUUCAACCAUUUUCAUGUUUCUUUUAAAAAUAAGUGUUGUGACUUUUCUUCUGGUGUUACAUCCAUGAAUUUGCAAACCAAAAGUUGUUUUCUGAUCUCGCAUUGAUGAUUGAUACAAUUUUUAGAUAGUCACACUUUGUUAUGCUCCAGUUGUCCAUAUCACCUCACAUACUGUAUGUGUGUAUAUAUAUAUAUAUAUAUAUAUUUUUUUUUAUUUUUAUUUAUUUUUUUUUUUUUUUUUGGCCACAUAUAUGGUCCUUCUUCCUGCUGAUAGACCAAAUGAUGGCAGCUUUUUCUGGGUCCUUGUGGGUAUUUCUAAGAGUUAACGUUGCCACACACUUUAUCAUAGACUAAUGUGUUAUUCCACAUAUUUAUCCUUUGAAGUGUUUGUUGCUGACAACUUUUAUUUAAGUCUCAUGUGACCCAAAGCACAUGAUUCCCGAUGAAGUCCUGAAGUCCCAGUAGUGUUUUGCACGCUCCACAUGUUUAUACUUGAGAUGGUAAGACAGAAAAUAUUUAGAUGGCCUCUAAUGGUUUCCGAGUCGUUUAUGUGAUUUUUGGAUUUUUUUUUUCCCCCUCUCUUCGCUAACAUCCUUCUGACUACAUGGUGUUAAAAACAGAUUGAAUAUAAGUCACAUCAAAAUUAAACCCAAGGGAAUUCACAUUUAAUGCAAAACAUUUAUAUAGAAAAUGGUUGGUUGUUUUGGACCAAAUUGCCAGUUACUGCUAAAAUGUGCAAAGUAUCUGAUUUUAUUUAAUUUUUUUGAUUUUCCAAAGUUUUGGCUUGCUGAGUAAAAUUAAUCUGUUUUCUAGUUUAUGCAGACUGAUGUUCAUAUCUUAGAGUAAUUACGAUUUCCUAUCGUUACCUGAACACCAGGCUGGGACCCACUUUGGAUCUCAAACCACCAGGUCGGGUUUCUUGAAAUGAUUCCCACUCAAAUUAAAACAAAUUAAAAAUGGAGCCAAUUGGACAUGAUGUUAAUGUAACGAGGCUUAAAAACAGUUGAAGCAACUAAUGAAAAUGUACAACUGUGAUUGCUUGUCAGUGUGCUCUUGUUUAAUUGGUUUAAGUAGUGACAGUUUGGGAACGCAGAUCUCUACGUGUCAUUUUCUGGUUCAAUGGCUGAAAAGUUUGGGAACCACCGAUCUAGAAGUCCUCUUCUCUCACGCUCCAGGGAUAUAUUUAUCAAAGUUUUGAGGAGGAUUUUUGACUUGCUGAUGAAAUGCAGAUGGUGUCUCCAUGGAGUGUCAGUCAGCUUUCAAGUGUGCACGCGAUCCCAUAUAAAAGGCCCCUGCUUGCUGUCUUUCGAGCCAUUUGCAACCGCAAUCUGAACAACAAGGAAGGAUUAGGCUGGACUUUUCUUGCUACUGAGUUCAUUACGCUCGUGCAUGAAAUAUCUUCAAGGAAACUGUUUGCUGUCAAUUUGCAGUGAUGGCUGAUUGGGCUUGGGUAACUUACACAGUGCUGGAAGUGCUCAUUGCUGUGGCAUGUUGCCUUGGGAACGUGUUGGUGGUGUGUGCGGUGGCUGUCGGUAUCCACAAUUGCCUCCGGGAGCCGACUUUCUGCUUCUUGGUGUCCUUGGCUGCUGCAGACUUUUUGGUGGGUGCAGCUGCCGUGCCUCUGGCUGUACUGCUGGACGGCUGGGUGAAGUUGACCUCUCACCAGUGCCUGUUCCUCAGCUGCGUUAUACUCGUGCUGACAGAGGCCUCCGUCCUCUCACUGCUGGCUAUUGCCAUUGACCGAUACCUGCGGCUGCACAUGCCUUUCAGAUACAAAGCCAUCGUCACUCAGAGGCGCACACUGUUGGCCAUGUCCGUCUGUUGGAUACUUUCUUUCCUGCUGGGAUUCACCCCUCUGCUGGGAUGGCACAACCUCUCUGCCGCUGGCACCAACACGUCGUCUGCCUUGCCGAGCUCUUCCCAAUGCACCUUCCUCUCAGUUAUCACCCUGCCCUUUAUGGUUUAUUUCAACUUUCUCGGAUGUAUCAUGGCCCCUCUGUUGGUCAUGACAUUUCUGUACGUCGUCAUCUUCUGGAGCCUGCACAAACGUCUGAAGAACAGCUGCCCUCAAGCACAGGCCAUGCUGCUCCGGGAGAAGAAGCUGGCCUGCUCGCUUGCUCUGGUUCUCACAUUGUUUGCAUUCUGCUGGAUCCCUCUGCACCUCAUGAACUGUCUUCUGCUCUUCCAGGGACCUGAAGCAGUGACCCGGGGAGCACUUUAUACAGGUAUCCUCCUGUCUCACGCCAACUCAGCAGUCAACCCAGUGGUCUACGCUUGUCGCAUCCCCAAGAUCCAGAAGGCCUACGGUCAAAUAUGGAAGCAUCUCGCAUUGAAGCUCAAUUGUUUUACCAGAAAUGAGUCAAUUCAGCAAGCCAUAACAAGUGACUAGAUUAAGAAAUGUAAAUGUGUGUUUGCAGAGCCAGAAAAAAAGGGUUUGUGUAAGACUUGUUUGUGGUAUUUCAUCAAUCUAUCAUUGUAUAGCGUUAAUCAUUUCUGCUAUUAUUACAUUUAACACAUGAAGACUGUUUACAAAGAUUCAACUUGAUACGCAACUCUUGCUUUAAUGCUGGCUUUAUGUUAGUGACAGAAAUUUAUUAAAGCUCCACUAGAGGGCACCAUGCAUCAACAAACUCAAUGAUUGUUGUUCAGAUAGAAUCAGAGUUGCAGAGUGUGUGUGUGUGCGUUUGUGUUGAUGUGAGAGAGUAAAAAUAACUAACUUCUUAGCUUCGGUGACUUCUGGACAACUGAUUUGAGAAGACUAGUUUUAUUGAGAUGUACAUAUUUAAAGCAUGUAACAACUUUUGUCCACACACAAAAAAAGCUAUAAAAUACAUAUAAAUCCUCCUGUAAGACAUUUACCUAUUCUUUAUGUUGUCUGUAAAAAAAAAUAAUAAUAAUAAUAAAGCACUCCAGCAAAGAGAUUGUGUUGAACUGUUCAGUGGACUCCUCAGGGAAGGCAAUAGACUGUAUAGUUAUCACCUCAGCAGGGUGCAGUCCCACCUACCAAACUAUACAACCUACUACCUCACCCUGACAGAACCCAAGUCAAACACACCGCACAUAAACUGAUUGAGGAAGUAAUAAAAAUAACCCUCUCUCUAUAGAUAUUAAAUCAAUUACUGCAUGCAUUUUGACAAGGCAACAGUAUUGUCCAUCUUUAGACGAUAGUUGACGACUGGUUGGCUCAGCUGUCUCCUUGGGAAAGACAGUAGAUUGUAUAGUUAUCUGAAAAAGAGGUUAAAGAACCCCACAACUAUUCAAUCUACUACCUCAGCCCCAAGGACACAAUCUAUGCUGCGUCCACACCAAAGAUCCACAAAUGUCACUCUCCUGCAAGGAUAUAGAGAAAAAGAAAGAGACAGAGAAUGUUAAUUAAAUAAUUUUUGAAAAUCAUGCUGGACGUCACUUCAACAAAUGUUCAUCUUCAAUGAAAUGUUGACAGACAAUUUAUUUGUGGAACAGAGUGAAACUAAUGUCUUGGCGGUUCCUAAAAACAGUUUCUUAGAAAAUCUCAGUUUCUGGGAGCUAAUGAUGCUUCAUGAUAAGUUUUCGACAGCGACAAACUGAGAAAACGAUAAUCACUACAAACCAAAGGAGCGCCACAUGUUCUUACUGAUCGGCGUAGCUUUUUUGUUGCUAAAGAGAAAUAUGUAGCUUUGUUCCCACCGGAAUAAAUUACAGAUAACUAAUUUAAUGGUAGACGGACAUGCGAAAGUAACAGCCAGUGUGCAAAAUCUUAGCAAACAACUCACAAGCUUCCUGAGACUCUGGCAUGUGAUCGAACGAGGAAAGAAAAAGAGAGAGAGACAGAGAGAGAGAGAGAGUAGUUCGAUUCUCUGCCAGGAAUCCUUCUCCGGUUUUGCCAAAAACUGAGCUCAUUCCAGCGGGGCUAUCCCUGCGUUGGAGUGGCUGCUGCUUCUCAGGCGGAGGUACGCACACACAGAUGCCUGCAAACACAGCUUCCACCAGCUGUCUCUGAUUGAAUACAAAGCUGGGAUUCUGCCCCCCAAAACACAACGAGGAAACACAAAAUGGCGUCCUGCAAGGCUUCGGCCAUUUUAGGUCUGCUUAAAAACAUUACGAGGUCCACCUUGCGUGUCGUUUUUUUUUUUUUUGUUGUUGUUUUUUCUUCUUCUCCUCCAUUUUCAUUCCUGAGCCUGCAAUCCUCACAAUGAAGAGAGAACAGCUGUUCUAUCGCAAGUUACAGAGGACGAACCUUGUGCCAAGCAGUGAGCCGAAGCCAACCGACCCAGACGACACGCUCAAUCACGAACGUUGAGGCAGAGGAAACUAUUUCUUGUUAGACAGCUGGACAGUUCACAGAGAAGGGAGUGCUCACAUGUGGCUCGUUCGGCUGAGAUCGGGGUCGAAGCAUGCCAACAGAUUCAAACAGCAGCAACCGAAGAGUUAAUAAGCACCAGACUAAAUGCCAGGCCGGGGGCCUCAGAAGACGCAGAAUGAGUUAGAAGGUGCACCGCUUGCAUAAAUUAGCAUACAGUCGCAACCCCUGAGACUUGGUCCAGACUAGUUUGCAGUUAGUAUGCUGUAAACCCCUCUAGCCUGAUCACAGAAGACCAGACACGAAAAAAAAAAAAAUGGGGCAGGGUGGAGGGGGUGGUGGUGAGGGAACUGGCGUGAUGCCCACCUCUGCCACAGAGCUAGUAGAAGAUCUAUGAACUGUGUUUGCUUGCCAAGAACGAUCCCCCUGACUAGACGGCUUGGAGAGGAACUCAAACAGAUUAUUUGGGGGGAAAAUUAGUCAAAUAAAUUGAUUCUAAACAUUAAAUGCUUGUGGGUUAAACUGCCAAUAAUUGCUGUCCCAUUCUAGGAAGGGAAAGGCUAGAAGGUAAGUAAAGGCCGGAGCUUGUCUGUCACGCGAGCUCUUCUGAGACUAUAAACAUUUUCUAAGCCACAUAAGAGAAGGAGGGCAUGCCCGGCUCAGCUGAGGUAAAUCAUGUUCUGUCAGCAGCUACAGAAUAAAUGCCCCCCUAAAGCCCGUCUGGGCAGCUGGGCAGGGUCUCAGACAAGAGAGAGGGACGAAAUGUAUAAAUCUCAUCUGUCCAUCUGACUGUCUUUGCAUCUGUUGCUGCAGAAUAAAAGCUACAAGUCUUCAAGCUUGCAAUAGGAGUGAGCCAAGGACCAUGAAUCUUUGCCCCCUUGCCCUCUGAUAACAGCACUCUGCUGUGACAGAAUGAAAUGUUUUUCUGCAGACAAUUUCCUGUUUCAGCGCAAUCAUUUGUCUUUGGAUGACAGACACAAGUUUUUUUUUUUCUUUUUUUUUUUUUAAAGCUGCACGACUUACUACUCUUAUUCGUUUCUCUUUGGAUCUUCUCAGCAGAUAGCUUUCCAUAUCUUCAAAGUCAACAAGUUGCUUUUUGAGCAAAAAAGAUUAAAGCUUUGCUUGUAAGUUAUAACAAUCUGAUAGAACAGAAACAAAAUCCUGGUAAAAGAUUUCUGUUGCAAGUCAUUUCCAUCCCUUUCUUUACUUUUAUUUCAUAAUUAGAAAUGUUUGCUUUUACAACUGGCGCUAAACGAACUCGCCUCUGUUUAUCUGCCCAUUAUACAAUCUCGAAGAUUCAAUUAGAAUUAUUCCUUAUGUUCAAACACAGUUUAAAAAACAACAAAAAAAAAAACGUCUCUUCAAUAGAAAUACAUGCAAAAUUCAGUAAAUAUCAUGGAAACAAAAGGCCUUAGCUUCCUCUCACCCCCUGGAGGUAGGAUUUAAGAUGUACUCCUCAACUAAUAUACAAAUGAAUUAGUAACCACCCCUCUCUCUCUCUCAAAAAAAAAAAA